AUGCAAGCUCUAAAUAAGAACACAACAAACUUUUCAAACUAUUCUAAGAUAUCUGAGUCAUUGAAAGAAGGAAACUUAAAACUGACAUUAAACCCAAUGACAGAUGAGUUUCUAUUUCAAGACAAGAAGAACAA